GGCCGUGGGCAGCUUCACCCCCGGGGAUCAUGAGGGGGCUCCUGCAACUUUCACUGCUGCUUCUCCUGGUGACCGGGUCUGAGGGUGCUGUGAUCACCGGGGCCUGCGAGCGGGACGCGCAGUGCGGGCCGGGGACCUGCUGCGCCGUCAGCCUGUGGCUGCGCGGGCUGCGCAUGUGCACGCCGCUGGGGCGGGAAGGCGACGAGUGUCACCCGGUCAGCCACAAGGUGCCCUUCUUCAGGAAGCGCCAGUACCACAGCUGCCCCUGUCUGCCCAGCCUGCUGUGUGCCAGGUGUCUGGACGGCAGGUACCGCUGCUCCAUGGACUUGGAGAGCAUCAACUUUUAG